AUGAACAAUCUGGCUACGUUACAAUUCGAAAAAGAAGACUUUCCGACUGCUGAAAGUUCAUUUCAGCGUGCAUUGGAUACAAAAUUAGCAAUCGAAGGGCUUGACACAAACUCACAUGCAUCAUUGGCAAAUGCUUACAAUAAUCUUGCAAUGGUUCAACUUAAACAAGGUCGUUUUGAGGAAGAAUUAGCUAAUUUUGAACGUACAUUGAAAAUUGAACUUUCGAUUGGUAAUGCGGCAGAUAUUGCUACAACAUAUAACAAUAGAGGCGGGAUUUAUCAUGAGAAAACUAAUGUUAUCAAAGCAAAAUGUUUUUAUAAGAAGACUGGUUCGAAUGCUCUUACUGUCUUAUCGAGAAACCAUCCAAGUGUUGCAUUAUAUAAGAAUAACAUGGAAAAAGCAAGAGAAAUGACAAGAAAAGAAAAAGUAACAAAAUCAAUGAAGAGUAGAGGAAAGUGA